AUCUUUCAAGAGUAAUGUACUAUUCACCAUUCGUUAGAAUAGGACCUUAUUUCGUUGGUGUAAUUACUGCAUAUAUUGUUUUUAAAUUAAACAAUAAAUUAAAUUGCAAUAAGAAAAUAAUAUUACUGUUUUGGAUACUCGGCAGUUUAUGUAAUUUAUUAAUAAUAUUUGGAUUAUAUAAAAAUAGAAUGUCAGUUCUACCUUCUGCUUUCUACAUUGGUCUCGGUAGAACUAUAUGGGCAAUUGGUAUAGCAUGGAUAAUUAUAGCAUGUUCUACAAAUAAUGGAGGUAUAGUGAAUCUUAUUCUUUCGUGGAAAGUUUGGAAACCAUUUAGUAAAUUAACUUAUUUAGCCUAUCUUUUACAUCCCAUUCUUAUAGUUUCCUUUAACCUUUUAAGUAAAUCUUCCCUGCACUUUGAACCUCUACCAAACGGACUUUCUGGUUUAGGAUACGUAAUUAUAACUUACAUAUGUUCUUACGUUGUUUCGUUGAUGUUUGAAAUGCCGUACGCUUUCUUGUUGAAGGAGUUGAUGAGCAAAAGAACAUGAUUCUUUUUUUUUCACUUUUUCGAUAGUAUUUUUACAUUGCAAGAUCACAAAGAAACUACAAUCAUUACUAUGAUACAUAAUUUACUUUAAACCAUUAUUUAUAUUUUAGCUAGUAAGUCUGUUGUACUAGUUAAUAAGUCUGUGUUAGCUACCAAGUGUACAUUCAGUUUUUAAUACUAAGUUUUAAUGUAGUGUAAUUAAUAUUUUUAUUUAACUAAUAUGCGAUAAUUUUUGCUUUAAGUACUGAAAAUAAGUCUUGUUUGUCUUUUGCUUAGUUUACUGAAAUUUAGAUUGCUGAAUAUUUAUCAUAAAAACUGAAAAUAGCGGUAACCUGUCUUUUAUGCGAAUUACUGAAAAUAGUUUCAAUUGGUUUUAUAUAUACUAGUGAUUAAAUAUUACUCUUUGUUUAACUGUUCUACCGCGAAAAAAUUUGACGUUACAAUAUACUAAAAAUUUGGAAUAUCAAGGAAACUAUACUUACAAAUAUUAAAAUAGACAAAUGAAAACCAAGUUCCUAUUAAUUUAGUUUUUUUCUUUGUUCUAUCUUAAACGAAAUGCGUGGAUAGACCUUGAAAGAUUUAGGUCAUUCGUUAUGAAUAUUGUAAUAUAUAUACUAUAAUUAUGAAAAUAAAUAAUGCUACAUACUUGUAGCGAGUUUAAAAAAAUUAAUAUUUUUUUUUAAAUAACAUACACUGAUAAUUGUCUAAUUAAUACGAAUUAUUAAGUUUUUCUAACCAUCGAUUGAUGAGUGAUUCAACUUUUUUCACAUUUGCCACACAUAUAGUGUUUCAAGAAAGUACAUACAGUGUUGUACGAAGAUUUUUUGAAAGAAACCGUGUUAUAAGAUACCGUGUUGUAGGAGGGCUACCUGUAUAUGCAAUGUAAUUAUUUGUACCGAUAACUAUAUAUAUAU